GCUCGACGCUGCAAUUUCAAAGCCUGUGACGCGUAUCAUGCAUUCAGAACCCUCUUGAUGCUGAGGCCCAGGGAUUUGUAGAGCAGUUGGGAGGCAAUCAGAUUCAAUGUUGAAGAGAAGACACCAAUUUCUGCGGUGCCCGGCUGCCACAGCUCGAGACAAAGAGCAUAAGGCCAUACGGUAGAUCACAUUCACAAGCUAAAGAGGCGCUCCGUUGUAUUCGCACCACCAACCUGCUCAAGUGAGAUGAAAGUCCAAUCAUUCAAAGGGCAUGGCCGACCACAUUUGGGACUUCGAUCAGCUCCCUGUCUCUGUACAAGUUCCAGGGCAGCAGCAUUGCAAUGUGCUAGUGGUUAUUGAUGUCUGAUCUUUGAAAUGGUCGCCAGAAAGGUGAAAAGGUCACAAGGUCUGGGUUUCAAACGAGAGAGUGCUGCAGCCCCAGGUAUGCAGCAGGUGCUGCGGCGAUGGAUCCGCAGCUGUGGGACUGUGGUCUGCUUCCUUUACUUGGGCAUAGCAAUUGGCCCCAUGAUCAUUUUAAGCAGGCAAUUGCAAAAGCCAUCGCCCCCUGUGGAGCUCCUGGUGAAUACCACCGAUCUACCUAACAGCAGUUACGCCGAAUCUUCUCCCAAGGUGGAGUCAGGGGGUGUAACUGAUCAACAGUUGGACACUACCGAUCUUCAAAGCAGCUACCCCGAAGUCACUGUAACGGAGCAGCUGGAGGCUCAAGAAGUGACGGAGGAGCGGGAGGCUAUGGAAGAUCAACCGUUACGGAAGCCUUCGGUGGUCAUCAUCCCAGCCGUCUACCGUGAAUGGGACAAUGGCUGGCCUGAUUGGACGCAAGGGAGGGAUAUCUUUCUUUAUCAGAGGACAGACGCCAACGCCCCAAACUACGCCCCCAAUUAUGGCCUGGAAGGAGGGGUCUACUUGAAGUAUCUGGUGGAUCACUACGACGACUUGCCAGAUAUUAUGGUCUUCGUCCAUGCAAAUCCCUUCGAGCAUAACGGAGACAUCCUGCAAUGGGUUGACUGUCUAAACCCCACCAUAAAUUAUACCAGCCUCAACACCCUAUUUAUCGGGGACCGAGGUGUCUCUUUCUGGAAUCACGAGGGUAUUGUUCCGUUGAACGAAGCUUGCUGGCGAAGCCUUGCCGAAGUCUUUGCUUUAGAGCUGACACCCGGAGGAGUAUUUGAACCCGUAGUUAGUUGCUAUUGUUGCCAACAGUUUGCCAUAAGCCGCGACCAAGUCAGAAGGUUCUCGAAAUCGCAUUACGAAGCCGCAUAUAGGAUGAUCGGUGAGGGUGACUAUUGUUAUACAGGGCCUAUCGACCCUGAUAAGAUCUGGUCAAUAAACCAACCAUGGAUCAGCAAAGAGAACAUAGAUCCUAAUGUAGCAAAGGAGAGGGGCGCAACAACUCAGGGAGAUGCUAUGGAGCACUUGGUACAUUUCCUACUUGGAGGAGAGCCCUUACACUCGCAGCCAUAUGAUACCACUGGCUAUUGUAGAAACUUCUUGCCCGCUUCUGAAUGCUCUGGUAGCCCUUGUGACCAAGAUUAUGUGUUGAAGAAGGACAGCAAGUACAACCCGUAGUGGAUUACGAAGGGUCGGUCUAUAGCUCAUAGAUCGUUUCCUCUCCGAAACGACUCAACUGUUGGGGUUGCUGAGAAGUCUUUCACAAAGAUCUACGUUGGAUCAUGCAAGUUGGUACGUCAGGCUGGAGAGCCCCGCUUGCUUGCUUGAAGUAAUGCAGGCAUUGAAGGUCGACUCGAUUCCGUUAUCAUAUUAAAAUGCUGACGUAAGUAUACGCAGUUUGGAAGCACACAGC